AUGGGAAAAUUCGGGUUACAAACUCUAGCAAAACGCCUACAAACGUAUCGAUCUGCCAUGCCGUUUUCUGAACUCGCUGGCGGCUGGUCCCUCGCAGACUAUCGCCUGGUCACCAACGACAGCGGCAAUGCCAUCUUCCCACUAGGGACAAACGCCCAAGGCUUCAUCAUGUACACACCUGAGGGAGUCAUGUCGGCCAAUCUUAUGAAGCCUGGAGCAAAGCCACAUGCGAACGCCUCGCCGCACGAUGGGACACCCGAGGAAAGAGUUCGAUCGAUGGAGCAUUCACUGGCAUACGCCGGCACCUAUACGGUGGAAAAGCAGGAUGAGCCCAAUAAAUUCAUCCUUCGACAUCAUGUAACGGUCAGCUCAUUCCCUAACUGGGUUGGGACUGUGCAGACACGCCUGGCAACGUUGACGGGGUACCGGCUGGUGUUGGAGACGGAGAAACCUGUGGCUGGUGGGUUGAAUGGUAUCCUCACAUGGGUUCGUGUACAGAAUGUGGAGGUGAACUGA